UGAAAGGGUGGGAGGGAGGGAAGGGUAAGGGUGCCGCUGGUAUGGAGUAUGGAAGCGGCGGGGGCGGAGGCGGGGGGGGCCGCGGGGGUGUCCAACCAGCCUCAGCUGCCGCGAGGGGUAUGGCGGGGACAGAUACUACCGAUGCUGCAUGGCACAAACACGAACAAAUGAUCAUUAUGGAAUCCAGGCAUAAGCAACAAUUAGGCGGGAGGGCGGGAACGGGCGGAGGCGGAGGUGGCGCACCUCUUUAUGGUCGUCUGGUUGCAGAGGAACCCCUGCCCCCCUCGGUAUGCGGGGGUGCAGGUGCCGGCGGCGGAACCGGUGGGGUUCCCCAAGAAACUCCCGCGGAUAUUCACGCCAUGCAAGCCAGGAUACCCCAUAGGUUUCGUGAUCCAGCCACCGCACCCCUUAGGAAACUCAGUGUCGAUCUCAUCAAAACUUACAAGCACAUCAAUGAGGUUUAUUACGCUAAGAAGAAGAGGAGGGCGCAACAAAUGCAAGGAGAAGAUGGUUCUCAUAAAAAGGAAAGAAAAUUGUACAACGAUGGCUGGGAUGACGAUAAUCAUGAUUAUAUUAUCAAGAAUGGGGAAAAGUUCCUCGAUCGCUAUGAGAUCGAUUCGUUAAUAGGUAAAGGCAGUUUCGGCCAAGUAGUGAAAGCGUUUGAUCACGAAGAACAAACGCAAGUGGCAAUAAAAAUUAUCAAGAAUAAAAAACCUUUUCUAAAUCAAGCGCAAAUCGAAGUGAGGCUAUUGGAAAUGAUGAACAGGGCGGAUACCGAAAACAAAUAUUAUAUAGUUAAACUGAAAAGGCAUUUUAUGUGGCGGAAUCACUUAUGUCUGGUAUUCGAACUGUUAUCGUAUAAUCUGUACGAUCUACUUAGAAAUACGAAUUUUCGAGGAGUGUCGUUGAACUUAACAAGGAAGUUUGCACAGCAACUGUGUACUGCCCUUUUGUUCCUGUCUACACCGGAAUUGAACAUCAUUCACUGUGAUCUGAAACCCGAAAACAUACUUUUGUGCAAUCCCAAACGAAGUGCGAUAAAAAUAGUGGACUUCGGUAGUUCGUGUCAGCUUGGACAGAGAAUAUACCAGUAUAUUCAGUCGAGGUUUUACCGAUCACCUGAAGUCCUGUUAGGAAUACCUUACGACCUUGCGAUAGACAUGUGGAGUCUAGGAUGUAUUUUAGUUGAAAUGCAUACAGGAGAACCUCUGUUCAGUGGGGCCAACGAGAUCGAUCAAAUGAAUAAAAUCGUAGAAGUACUAGGAAUGCCACCGAAACAUAUAUUGGACCAAGCGCACAAAGCGCGGAAAUACUUUGAUAAAGUCCCCAUAGAUGGCUCGUAUGUGCUGAAAAAAUUGAAGGACGGUAAAAAGUACAAACCUCCCGGUACGAGGCGCUUGCACGAUAUCUUGGGCGUCGAGAGUGGAGGCCCUGGUGGUAGAAGGAUAGGUGAACCUGGUCAUUCAAUUUCCGAUUACCUCAAAUUCAAAGACUUGAUUCUACGGAUGCUGGACUUUGAUCCGAAAACAAGGGUGACGCCGUAUUACGCACUUCAGCACAAUUUCUUUAAGCGUACAGCCGACGAGGGGACCAACACAAAUAUUGCUGCUGCCAACAGUGCUAACACGAGCCCGGCAGUGGUGUCGAUGAGCCAGGAUCACGGACUGGUAACCAUGUCAGGACAAGGAAGCGGCAACAGUGGCAAUCCGAUGCAAGGAUCAAGUCUCCCUGGUGGCUAUCAACCGAUGGAGUGCGAGUCAUCGCCUCGGCAUCUGGCCAGUCGACGUGUCGUGACAACGAGCUAUCCGUCAACCUCGGCCACCGGGGUCUCUGCAUCCGGGCCAAUGUCCAUGCAGUCUGUAGACAGCUCCCUGAUACAAAGCUCUCUCGGAUCGUAUAAUAGCCUAAUUCUCCCUGGUAUACCCCAUCUGCCCGCGAUGAUGACCUCGCCGAUGAUACAGCAGCAGAACUUCUACAAUUACGGUUAUCCGACCGGCGACGGCCACGGGAUAGUCAGGCAACCGUCGACGGUCUCGGCCGGUAAACAGAGAGACCCGGAAAGGGAGGACAGUCCUAUGGUCGGUGUAUGCGUCCAGCAAAGUCCGGUUGCUAUUCACUGAACGGAAAGAAAAAUAUGAGCGAACACACGAAGCUACCGACGACGGUCGAUGAUAUAUAGAUGAGAUACACGUCGUACUGUCGCCGCGAUCGCGCGCGGUACCGUCAACAAAAUAUAUAUUAGGGUGAUUAUACAUACUGUAUAUACGAUUGAUGAUGAUGAUAAUGGUGAUGAUGAUGAUGAUGAUGUUCACGACGAUACCGCGGUAAAAUGAGAGAAAUCGUAACUUGGUUAUGAAAAGAAAACAGAGGAGGAGAGAAGUGUAAGAAACCACAAGGGGAAGGGAGGGAGAGAGCAAUGAGAACGGGCAGUUAGGAAUUUGAAGGUCCUUCCCCGUUGCGUUGCUUUGCAUUUCGUCGUUAGUGUCGGCCGCGCCGCGAACGAUAUCCUCGAAGUAGCAAUACGAGAACGUGUGUACACGAUGCUGCUGUCACCGCGUGAAAAAAAAAGUGUCACGUUAGGAAUGCUAUAUCGACAUUGGUAUAUAAAAGUAUACUGUUUCGAUUAUUCAAAAUGGGGACAGACACAUGCUAACUGGCUGACAAAGGGGGAGGGGGGCUUAACCAGAAAGAGAUAGCUCAUCGUGCAGAGAGAGAUGCUCUUCGUUCGUUCGUUCAUGAGAAUGAGGGAUUUAAAAAAACAUAGAGUACACGAGCCGGCUUCUAAAGGAAAUAAAAGACCGAGAAAAAGAGAACAAUCGAUUCGAAAAAUAAAAAGGAGUAUCACGAAGGAAUGCAAAGGAAAACACGAGGGAAGUCUCCUAUUUUCCGUUUGUUUUUCUUUACCUUUCUUAGUCUUCUGUUUGUCUAUCUUAAGAAGCCGACUGGUCUUACAUUUGGGCACGGAUACACCGCGUCCGGCGCGCUGAAGCUUAUGAGAUACUUUGCUUAUUGAGCACGGACGGACAAAACAUGGUCUAGUGAGGAUGAACCCAGCUGGCCUCUCGGGUCCUGCCCGAUUCUACGAACACUCCAUAAAAAGAAUGCUUUAUGUCGCGUGCAGAGAGAUUGAGAGAUUGAGAGAGAGAGCGAGAGAGAGAGAGAGAGAGAGAGAGAGCGCGCGCGAG